CCCGUCACCCUGUGUGCCCCGCCGGUGCCUUCUCCACGCCCGCUCCCCGCUCUGGCCCUGUCCGUGCACUCCCGGCCAUGAACGGCUCGCUGGCGGGCUCUGGGGGGGGCUGGCAGCCCGAGUCCGUCAUCAUCCCACUCGUGUACCUCGUCAUCUUUCUCGUGGGCACGGUGGGCAACAGCCUGGUCCUGGCCGUGCUGCUGCACAAUGGGCAGGUGAAGAACACCACCAACCUCUUCAUCCUCAACCUGGGAGUGGCUGACCUCUGCUUCAUCCUCUUCUGCGUCCCCUUCCAAGCCACCAUCUACACCCUGGAGGGAUGGGUGUUUGGGCCCUUCAUGUGCAAGGCUGUCCACUUCUUCAUCUACCUCACCAUGUACGCCAGCAGCUUCACCCUGGCCACCGUCUCCCUCGACAGGUAUUUGGCCAUACGAUACCCCCUGCACUCCAGGGAGCUGAGGACACCCAGGAACGCUCUCCUGGCCAUUUGUCUCAUCUGGGGGCUCUCCUUUAUCUUCUCGGGCCCUUACCUCAGCUACUACCAGGAGUUCCAGCUGGCCAACCUGACCGUCUGCCAUCCCAUCUGGGAGAUCUCCCAGCGCAAGAUCAUGGACAUCUGCACCUUCAUCUUCAGCUACAUCAUCCCUGUGCUCAUCCUGAGCCUCACUUACGUGCGGACUAUUCGCUACCUGUGGCGGUCCGUGGACCCUCUCCAAGACAUGUCUGAGUCCAAGAAGGCCAAGAGGAAGGUCACCAGGAUGAUCAUCAUUGUCGCCAUCCUGUUCUGCCUCUGCUGGCUGCCCCAUCACCUGGUCAUCCUCUGCGUGUGGUUCGGGUACUUCCCCCUCAACCACUCCACAUACGUGCUCCGCAUCCUCUCGCACGUCAUCUCCUACGCCAACUCCUGCGUGAACCCCAUCGUCUACGCCCUGGUCUCCAAACACUUCCGCAAGGGCUUCAAGAAGAUCUUCAGCUGCCUCCUGCACAAGAAGGCAGCGCACAAGGUGCACGUGGCCCAGGCCACCAACACUGUCAGCACGCUGGAGGCAGAGCUCAGUGAGGUGACCCAGCUGAGCGAUGCCCUGCCCGGCCGCUCCGCCGCACGCUGCAGGGUCCCCGCACAGCCCUGGGGGGAGGCAGAGCUGGUGGGACAGCAGCAGAGAGCAGAUGGCUCCUCCAUCACCUUCAACAUCAGCUAGCAGAGCUUCCUCCCACCCCACGGCUUUGCAGUCUCCUGCAGCAUUGCAAGCCUGGGGCUGGGCUACGUUUUGGGUUGAAAUGGGUCCAGUUGAACCCCUUUCAUUCAAAUACAUCCAGAUUUCAUAACCGUGAUGCUGCUGAUACAAACUCAGCCAAUAACCAACCAAGGACAGGAUUUGCUUCCACCAAGCACUUGCUGAGAGCAGAGAGAUCAAGCCCAAAAAUCCACUGCCAUGUGUGAACACCUGUUCCUCUGUCAUGGACGAACUUCCUAUCGCAUCUACACCCAGACCCUGUGAAAAGCUCUGGCCCCUCUGACCAGCACAGCACCUGGAGUUAGUAGGUGCACUUUUAGGGACAUUUGGAAAGUCUUGGAUUGUUUGUGUCCUAGUUUAGGAGCUGCAUCCUGGGGCAGCACUGGGCACAAACCCAGCUCAGGUAGGAAAAUCCAGAGUGAAGCACAGAAGGUCACUGAGGA